AUGUUUUUAAUCAACUCUGCUGAAAUAGCUGAAGACGAUAAUAUUAAGUUGAAAUCAGAAAUUUCAACAAAAGAAUCAGAUUUAAGGCAAUGGACUGUAAAAUAUUCCAAUUUAGAGUUAAAAUUAUUAGACCGACAAAAAGACCAUUUAUUACAAAUCGAUUCAUUGAAUGAGGAACUAUCAGUCUUAAAACUUGUAAAGGAUGAACCAAAAGAAGAUUUAAUGGUGAAUUUAAAUGAAAUUAUUAUAACAGAAUUAAAAACUGAGUUAGAUGAGAAAAAGGAAAAAUGUGAAGAGAUGCAAAAUAUGAUAAAUAAUCAAGAAAUUAUUAUUAUGGAGUUAGAACAUUCAAAAAGUAGAGCUAUCGAAAAAUUAGAAGAACUAAAAAUAAAAACAUUGCAAGAAGAAUGUGAAAUGCUUAGACUGCAAGUCAAUAGUAUAAAUAACUUAAUUGAUUAUAAUAAAAGAGGAAAUUCAUUGUUUGCUGAAGUUGACGAUAAAAGACAAGCAUUGACAGCUGAGCUGGAAAUGAAAAGGGAAAAAUAUGAAACUUUGAAAAAAUGUUUAUCAAAAGCAAACCAUGGAAACAAUCAAAUGAAGAUGGAAAUGAUGCGAUUAGAAAAACAAUUGUUAGAAAUAACCGAAAGAAAUGAUGAUUUAGAAAAAUCGACUUUUAUUCAAGGUUAUAAAAAUCGUAUAAGCGAUUUAGAAGCCAAAACAAGAGAAUUAGAUAAAAUACCAGACUCCACAAAUAUUGAAAAUAGACAAUUUAAGCAAUGGUAG